AUGUUAUCGAGAACUCUCAUGAAUAGGAAGAUAUCGCAACUCAAUAUAAAACCACUACGUUUACUACAUUUCAAAACUGCUUCCACUCCUAAUGAAAAUGCUUUAAAAUUCAUAUCACCAGAAUGCCCUAUCCUACCUUUAGAAAAUACUACUUUUGAGUUCACCUCCACUUUGCAAGCCAUCCAUUCACCCUUAGCUUUACAAAUAUUCAAAAUACCAGGUGUUAAAUCCAUCAUGUUAGGAGCAGAUUUUUUGACAGUUAAUAAAUUAGAUAAUUAUGAUUGGAAUCAAUUAACAUCAGAAGUUAUGGACACGAUGAACAAAUUUUUAGAUAAGAAGAAAGACAAAACACCAGUAAUAACACAAGAGCUAAUAGACAAAUUGGAGCAAGAUAAACUAACUGAAGAUGAAAAUGAUUCAGAGAUAGUAUCAAUGAUCAAAGAAUUGAUCGAGACUAGAAUUCGACCAGCUAUUCAAGAUGAUGGAGGAGAUAUCGAAUAUAAAGGAUUUGAUGAAGAAACAGGAACGGUGUUUUUGAAAUUACAAGGAGCUUGUAAGUCGUGUAGUGCAAGUGAAGACACUUUGAAAAACGGUAUAGAAAGUAUGUUAAAACAUUAUAUUGAAGAAGUUAAAGAGGUUGAACAAAUCUUGGAUCCUGAAGAAGAAAUUGCGAUGAAAGAAUUCGAAAGAUUGGAAGCUCAAUUAGGCAAAAAAAGUGGUUCACAAGCAUUCGAUGAUGGACCUCCAAGCUUGUGA